CAAAAAUUAUAAAUAUAACCUAUAUGCAGUGCCGUUCGCAGUCCUUCCCUGGUUUCCUAGUUUUCGAUUCAUUUUCGGUGUUUAAAAUACGGAUUAAUUGAAAAUGGGUCUAGAAGAUGAAGAUUUUGUUCACUCAGAUGAUGAUUUCGACGAUAAGAAACACGAAAAACUACUGGACAAGAUCCUUACCAUCAAUAAAACCCAGCAAUUGAAAAAGGCCUCUCGAACAGAACCAGCUUUACAGAUAUCAGAAUUCGAUUUAGCCAAAUCGAUUACAGGUAAAAAGGGCGUGAUUCAUGUUGGAGACUUGACAAGCAUACUGCAAAAGAAGAAAACUCAUGUUGCUAUCAAAAAAAAAGUAGAUAACACAAGCAAAAUAACUACUACCCUUCCGAAACCUCUGGAAAAACCACUAGCUAAUCAAAUAAACAGAACUGUGGCAUAUGAGAAAACGCGACUGGAAUUAGAUCGGUGGGAACCAAUUAUAACUGCUAACAGAGUAUCUACAGACUUACUAUUUCCAUUACCAACAAGAGAGAAUGAUAAAAAUGUGGAUUUGACAAAAAAAUGGACUCUGAAAACUGAUUUUGACAUUGAGCUGGAAAAAAAUCAUCCAGAAUUGGUUGAAGAAAUACAUGUUGAGACGGAACAAGAAAAAGUGAAGUUAACUCUUGGAGAAUUGAAGGAAAGGCGAGGAAAACUGGCUGAGUAUAGAGCUAAACUGAGUUAUCAAGAGGCAAAAGCUAGGCGACAGAACAAAAUAAAGAGUAAAAAGUAUCAUAGAAUCCAAAAAAAGGCUAAAAUCAAGCAGCAACUCAAAGAGUUUGAGGAACUCAAGAAGACUAAACCCGAGGAAGCUCUAAGAAGAUUGGAAGAAAUCGAAAGAAUAAGGGCACAAGAGAGAUUCAGUUUGAGGCAUAAAGGUACAGGGAAAUGGGCGAAACAUAAACAGAUUCAUGCGAAAUAUGAUAAAGAUAGUAGAGCAGAAUUAGCUCAACAAUUGAGACUCAGCAAGGAGUUAACUCAAAAAGUCAAUGCAAAUAGUGAUUCGGAAGAUGAAUUCAAAAUGCCAGAAGAUGAUGGGAGCGGAACUAAAAACACUAUUUUGUGGUCCGACGAUAAACUGAAGUCAGCACCAGAAGUAACUGAUUUCAUAAAUGAUUAUACAAACUUCUAUAUAAAAAAGGCUGCACAAACAGAUGCCAAUCCAACUGAAGAUCAAAAUGAGGAAAAUUCAGAUGAAGGUGCAAAUAAUAAAGAAACAGAAAAUAAUACAGUUGAAGUUAACAUCAGUGAAGAAGAAAUAGAGGAAAGUUGUAAUACACAAAAGGAAAAACUCGAGAAAAAAAAUACUAAGAAAGUCAAAGCCCCAACCCAAGGACCAGCUAAAAAAAAAUCAAAAAAGCGUAAGAGAGCCUCUUUGAACGUAUCUAGUACAUCAGAUUGGGACGUUGAACUUGUGGACGAUAACAUAGAUGUAAUUUUUGAUGAAUUAGAGAAGAAGAUGGAUAUCAAAUUGAGAAAAGAGGCAAGUAAGAUCGAAAAACAAUUGGCUCCCCAAAAGUCUUCCAAAAAAAAGCGUAAAGGGGAUGAAAAUUAUGAAGAAAAAGAAAGCUUAUUAGCUCUUCCAAUGGAGAGGUUAAGACCGCAACUAGAUGAACCAUUAUUGCAAACCUCAAAUGGAAAUGAAAUCCCAGAGGGGGAGUUAUCGGACCUGAGCAAUAUUUUAAAGAAGAAAAAUCUGAAUAUUGACAAAAAUCAAGUCUUGCCGACACAAAACCAGAAAUCAAGUAAUAGUAAAAAGAAGGAACAAAAACAAGUUAUAAAUCUUGAUUCCAUCUUACCAGAUAUCACAACUAAUAUGGAUGAAGAUGAGGAUGAUUUUGAUGACAUUCAGCAACAAUUGAAGGAAGAAGCGGCUGAAUGUUUUGAAGAUGAUCUUGUUCAGCAAUUCGCUAAAGAGAAAGCUGAAACUAUUGAAAACGAUAAACCGAAAGAUUUAAGUUUAUUUUUACCUGGUUGGGGCAGCUGGGGUGGUGUUGGUAUUGUACCAAGUAAAAGAAAACGGAGGAGAUUUGUUCUGAAAGCUCCUAAAAAGGUUCCGAGAAGAGAUGAUAAUAAAGGUUUUCUUAUUAUCAAUGAAGACGCUGAUAAAAAGGUGAAAGAGCACAUGGUUGAUGAAUUACCUUUCCCAUUCCAAAGGGUUCAGGACUUUGAAGAAAGUAUUAGAGCCCCAAUCGGUAGGACGUUUGUACCGGAAACUGCUUUCCGAAGAUUGACAAAACCUGCUGUUAAAACUAAGAUUGGUACCAUUAUCGAGCCAAUGGAUAAGGAUGUCUUGCUCAAAAAAUCAAAUUUUUAAUCCGCCGGACGAACUAAAGAUGUUUGUAAAUAUUUCUUCCUCACAUUGAAUAUAAAUCUAUUGAAAGAAUUUGUUUUAAAUAAAACGUUUUCCCUAA